AUGUUUGUUCGUAUUACCGCUAUACGUCGUUUAUUCUAUGUUUCUUGUUUACUCAUCGGUACUUGUCUUAUGAUAUAUCAAUUUCGUCAGAAUCGUACGGAACGAAAUGCGACAGUGUAUGAGCCAGGACCUGACAUCGAUCUCUAUGUCGAUGCAAAUGGAAGUUUUAUUCAUCAUAUGAAGUAUGAAAUUCUCCAGUUCGUGGAAAUUCCUUUACAAGAUCGAUUCAAUGAAUUUUAUAAUUAUCUUGAUCAACAAUCUGAGCUUAAAGAUUACUUCACAUUCGUUCCACAAACGGCGUAUCAUAUUACAUUGACAAAGCUGAAAGAUGAAAUUAGUGAAAACGAGGAGCAUAUCAAAACAUUGAUUCGAGAACAGCAAAAACUUGACAAAGACGAAACCUUUACCCUUUGUCUCAGUAAACAAGCUUAUAAUCUUGAACAGAAAGAAAUCCGUGUCGAACUGGAAUUUCAAAAUAAUUUCUUCGAAGAAAAUAUUACGAAAUAUCAAAAACGAUGGACAAACGACUUUCCAGAUCUAAUUGUCGAACAUCGAAAGACAUUCUAUGUAACAAUUGCUUAUCAAUACAAAACAAUACCAACCAAAGAAAUGUUCGAUCAAUUUAAUGAAAUUAUACAAAAUUGGCAAGAUUUUACAUUCGAAGUUUACGUUGAACCUAUUGAAAUUUGUUCAUAUGCUGAUUUAUUAAUUUAUAAACCUAUCGUUCCCGAUCGACCCGAUGAUCUUACAGUUGAUAAAAUAAUCCCAGAGGAACUCGAUGAGGAAAAAAAUGCAAAGGACGAAAGGUAA